GACCGGGAAUCCUUUUUAUUUUUAUAUUUCUUCAGAUUUCAAAACUUUGCUGAUGUACCACUGUUUACACGAUUAGAUCAAGAAUUAACUAAAUCUUAGAUGAUAUCAGUAAUACAAUUAUGUGAAAUUUCAAUUUAUUCCGUGAUCGUUAUCGCUCGACACGUUCUAAAAUUGCCAUUUCGUCGUUUGUCGGCGGAAGCAAAGGACUAAUUAACAAUAAUAAUUAUGUUAUACGGUGAGAUUGACAAAGGAAAACAUAAAACCGCGUGAACUAUACGGAAUACUUUGUUGGGUCGUAGAUAAGAUCAGUGACAAACAAAAAAUUGGCAUGGAUAAUGAUUUAAAUACGGCUUUGGCCGUUUCAAUAAUAAAAAAUAAACCAAUUGGAAUGAACUCAGUAGAUUAUGUUACAAGCAUUCAGUCUAAAAUUAUAAAAAAAGAAACGGAAUUAUUUUUCAAGGAAUUUUUGGGUGAAUCUGAAUCAAAUAAGUCAAAUUAUGAACUAUCAAAUGAAGAAGACAAACAUCCAUCUUGUGAAUCGUAUAAAAAUGUUGAUGAUGAUAUUACGUCACUUUCACACAAAAAAAUUAAACUCAAUUGUGGAAUAUCUUCAGUUAGUAAUUGUACCACUAACUUUACUCAAAAAUCAAAUACUUGUUUUAUUCAACCUGUCAUUACUAUGACAACUUUGAAUGAUAUAACAAAGACACCAAUCGACUCUGGUUAUAACACUUACAGUUGUAAAAUGGGCGCCUCGAAUAUCAAUCAAAACUCUAUUAUAACAAUGUCACAGUCAAUUCAAGAAGCUUUGGAUAUUCUUUUAUACACGUUAUUCGACACUUCCAAAUUAUUAGAAGCGGUUAUGAAUUGGAAUGAUUGUAACAAUAUUGUAAGAUAUUUUGUCGACUUAGUAGUUAGUAUGGCAGAAACUAAUGAAUUUGCUUUUACGUGUCGAGAUCAUGUGAUGAAUUUUGUUCAAAAUAACGCAUUUAGAAUCUUAGAUAGUCAUGAUUUAUUCAAAAGCAUCAUUGUCGAAUAUCAAUGUAAUUUACUUGCUAAGUUUUGUUAUGAUAAAUACAUCAGAUGGAGUAUCAUAAGUUUACUCAUUAAUCGUCUUAAGAUUGAUAUUCAAAUUGUGCCUAGUUAUAGUUCUCUUCGAAGCAUUUAUUACACUUUUCACUUAAUAGAUAAAUUAUUAUAUAAUGUUGAUUUUUAUGUUAACGUACCGACACAAAAUACAAAUCAAUUAACUGAACUGUGGAAAAUAAACUUGAAGAAUAAAGAUGAAAAUGAAGCAGAAACAAUGGAACGAAUGAUAAAAGAAUGGACAAGUUUAUUGGGGUAUAUUUCAAUGGAAGCUUUAAAAAAAAAAGUAUUUUUGGUUAGUAUUAGAGCCAAUCAAUGUUUAGAGUCCCUACAAUCAAUAAUACCUAAGUAAUAUUAAUUUAUUCUUUUUUUUGGUUGCUAUAAUUAAAUUUUUAUAAAUAA